GCUUGUGAGCGUUCUACGUAUCUGCGCAUGCGCGCGUUCGUGAAUAACCAUGUGAGCAGCGUAAGGACACAGAGAGGAAGUGUGAGUGCAGCUGGCUGUACAUGAUAUUACAACAUACUUGGGAUCAUCAUACUUUGAAUCAUGUUCUUCCCCCGGAAGAUGGCUCCGGCACUGCUGAGUUUCUGUCAAUGGCAUUGCCGUCACAGAAGGCAUUUGGGGGCAGUUUCGAAGCUAAGCGUGCGGGAAGCGCUUGCCAGUGUUGAAGGGAGUCCUAAUAGUAUUAAACUACAGGGAUGGGUACGCUCGGUUAGGUCCCAGAAAGAUAUUUUAUUCCUGCACGUCAAUGAUGGCUCAUCCUUAGAAAGCCUACAGGUUGUUGCAGAACCAAAUCUGAAAACCAGUGCCCUAACUUUUGGAAGCUCCGUGGAAGUCAUUGGAAAACUGGUCAAGAGUUCACACAAGAAGCAGAACGUGGAACUAAAUGCGUCUGAUAUUAAAGUCAUCGGAGGGUGUGACUCUUAUGAUUUCCCCUUUAAGUUAAAAGAACGACAUCCCCCUGAAUACGUCAGGCAGUAUCCUCACCUCCGCUGUAGAACCAAUACGUUUAGCUCGCUACUGAGAGUCCGCAGUAAGGCUACAGCUGCUAUCCAAGAGUUUUUCCAGAGUAAUGGUUACGUUCACAUCCACACUCCUGUAAUUACCUCCAACGACUGUGAGGGAGCUGGGGAACUCUUUCAAGUGCAGGCUACAAACUGGGACCAUGGACAAGGCGACAAGUCUGGCUUCUUCAAUGUACCAGCGUACCUGACUGUCUCUGGUCAGCUCCACUUGGAAGUCAUGUCUGGAGGGUUCACACGAGUGUAUAGUUUUGGUCCCACGUUUAGAGCAGAGAACUCCCAAAGUCGUCGGCACCUAGCAGAGUUUUACAUGGUGGAAGCCGAAAUUUCCUUCACGGACAGUCUGGAUGAUAUUAUGCAGGUUAUCGAGAAUUUAUUUAAAUCCACAACCACAGCAUUGCUUUCACAGUGUCCAGAAGAAAUAAACUUCUUCAGUAGAUAUGUUUCCGUUGGACAAAAAAACAGGCUGGAGCAGUUUCUUAAGAAGAAGUUUGUAACAAUGACAUACACCGAAGCAAUAGAAGUUCUGAAGGAUGCACGUGAAACAUUCCACUAUAAACCAGAGUGGGGAUGUGAUUUACAAACAGAGCAUGAAAAGUAUCUGGUAAAACACUGUGGCAACGUCCCAUUGUUCGUCAUCAACUAUCCGUACGACCUCAAACCAUUCUAUGCCCGCGACAAUGAAGAUGGACCCCAGCACACAGCCGCCGCUGUGGAUCUGCUUGUGCCCGGCAUAGGAGAGCUGUUUGGAGGGAGUCUCAGAGAAGAACGAUUUGACGUCUUGCUGUCUCGACUAGAGAGCUUAGGACUAACCGACACGUAUCAAUGGUAUUUAGAUAUACGGAAGUUUGGGUCCGUCCCCCAUGGAGGCUUUGGAAUGGGAUUUGAACGCUAUCUGCAAUGUAUUUUGGGAAUAGACAACAUCAAAGAUGUCAUCCCAUUCCCUAGAUUUCCUUACUCCUGUCUUUUAUAAAGACCUAAAAAACAUUAAUAUAGAUAUUCACUUGAUUUC